GGAAGAUAAGGUGGGCGUGCAACCAUGCAUGCGCUCAUGUGCUCUGCCCGUCUGCAAGUUAGCCACACUCUAUAAUGUCUGAACCAAGAUCGACGGGCGAUGUCCGGAUCGUGUCCCGGCGCAUGAUACGGCCGUCGCUGCCGCCAGAGCAGAGGCCUGAGCCUGAGCCGGAGCCGGAGAGCAUCCACCUGACGCCAUGGGACCUUCGGAUGAUCACCCUGGAGUACAUCCAGAAGGGCGUCCUGCUGCCCAACGCCAUCGCCGCCGGAGGAGUCGUGGAGCGCGUAGCGUCGUCCUUGGCGCGCGCUCUGGGACGCUUCUACCCCUUCGCCGGCCGCCUCGCCGCCACGUCGCCUCAGCCUCAGAGCCUCGCCAUCUCGCUCCGCUGCAGCGGCGAAGGCGCCGAGUUCGUCCACGCCGUGGCGCCCGGCGUCACCGCCGCGGACGUCGCCGCCUCGCUCUACAUCCCGCGCGUGGUCUGGUCCUUCUUCCCGCUCGAUGGGCUGCUCGGGGCGGACGCCGUCGCGGGCUCCCGCCCGGUGCUGGCCGCGCAGGUCACCGAGCUCGCCGACGGCGUCUUCAUCGCCAUGUCGCUCAACCACUGCGGCGCCAACAACCACGGCGUCGCCGACGGAACCACCUUCUGGCACUUCAUCAACACCUGGUCCGAGCUAAGCCGCCGGAGUGUCGGUGGCUCCUCUGAUGAUGAUGUAGUAAUCUCGGCGCCGUCGCCGGUUUUCGACAGGCAGUGGUUCCUGGACAGCUGCCCCGUCCCCGUCCCCAUCCCUCUGCCCUUCGGCACGGUGGAGGACAUGGUCGGCAAGCGCGUACCCCAGUUCCCGCCGGUGCAUGAGUGCUUUCUCCAUUUCCCGGCGGAGAGAGUAAAGGAGCUCAAGGCGAAGGCGAACGCGGAGAUGGCCGGCACCGCCACCACCACAAUCUCCUCGCUGCAGGCCCUGCUCGCGCACCUGUGGCGCGCGGUGUGCCGAGCCCGGCGGCUCGCGCCGGAGCAGAAGAUGGCGUACUACCUCCUCGUCGGAUGCCGUGGCCGCGUCGACGGCAUACGCGCGUCGUACGCGGGCAACGCCGUGGUGGCGCACGCGAGCACGGCAUCGCCCGCCGGCGAGAUCCUCGGCAGGGGGCUGGCCUGGGCGGCGUGGCUCCUUAACAGGGCCGUGGCGUCGUUUGCGGAGGCGAGCGCGAGGGAGAAGCUCGCGCGCUGGCCCCUGGAACCCAGCUUCUCGUCCCUGCCCGCUCUGGUGGCCACCGCGCGCGCCAUGGUGCUGACGGGGAGCUCGCCGAGGUUCGACGUGUACGGGAACGACUUCGGCUGGGGCGCGCCGGUGGCCGUCCGCAGCGGCCCGGCCAACAAGCUGGACGGGAAGGCGACGGUGUACGAGGGGCGAGGCGGCCAAGGGAGCAUGGCGCUGGAGGUGUGCCUCGCCCCGGAGGCGCUCGCGAGGCUGGUCGCCGACGAGGAGUUCAUGAGCGCGGUGGCCACCCCGGGUUACUUAGCCAUGGUGACGUAAGGACGUGUCGCUCUCCGGAUCACCAGCCUUGGCAUCCGAGCGGUCUGACGGCCGGCUGUGUUUCCCUCUGUUCCUGCGUACGUGCACACGACAAGGUCAGCUAGAUCGUCCAUGGAACUAUUUGGAGAGAUGAACUGCAUUGCUCGUGCCUCACGGCCGGCUGUGUACUACUCCCUCCGUUCUUAAAUAUAAGUCUUUAUAGAGAUUUCAUUAUGGACUACAUA